AUGCUCAUGGCAUGCAUCCUUUUGAGUAAUAUUGGUGCUUCAAUUACUGAAGUUGCUACAGAUGCUCUUGUUGCUGAGUAUGGCCAAAAACACAGAAUAGGAGGCCUCCAGUCCUAUGCAUCUAUGGCUUUGGCUAUAGAUACGAAAUAUACAAGGCCUCUGCAGGUCAGUAAAAAAGUGUUGAUCGGCUUAUAA